CACUGAACCAACUCCUCCACAGCUCUCUUUCUCCGGAUCUUUCGUGGUUGCUCCAGAUUUCUGCUAUCUUUGCCGUCGUCGCUGCUACUUUAGCGUCUUUCAAGAACCUUGGCUUGCGUCUGAGGAUAACUUUCGACGCUGCUCUCCCGUCUCCUCUUCACUGACGUGUGGCGAAAGCCAGCUGCUAAUUUCUGACAUUCUACAAACAUGCAAGACGGACGAGCUCCUCGCAUCAAGAACCGCGCACCUGCGGCAAUCCAGGUGACCGCGGAACAACUUCUUCGAGAUGCUCAAGAGCGGCAAGAGUCGCAGUUUCGUGCACCAAAACAACGAGUGGAGGAUUUCGAGGAACUGCAUGAGUAUCGUGGUAGGAAGCGUGAGGAGUUCGAGAAGCGCAUUAGGCAGACAAGGGGGAAUAUCAAAGAAUGGCUGCAAUAUGCCAACUGGGAGGCAAGUCAAGGAGAGUAUGCUCGCUCACGAUCAGUCUUUGAGCGUGCACUCGACGUCGACCCUCGCAGCGUCCAGCUAUGGUUAAGCUACACCGAGAUGGAGCUAAAAGGCCGCAACGUCCAGCACUCUCGCAACCUGUUUGACCGCGCUGUCACCCUGCUUCCGCGCAUCGACCAGCUCUGGUACAAGUAUGUUUACCUCGAGGAACUACUGCAGAACGUGCCGGGCGCGCGCCAGGUGUUCGAGCGGUGGAUGCAAUGGGAGCCGGAGGACAAGGCAUGGCAGGCGUACAUCAAGAUGGAGCUACGGUACAAUGAGUACGACCGCGCGAGUGCGAUAUAUGAGCGCUGGAUCGCCGUGAGGCCCGAGCCGCGGAAUUGGGUCAAGUGGGCUAAGUUUGAAGAGGAGCGAUCGAAGCUGGACAAAGCGCGAGAGGUCUUCCAGACUGCCUUGGGAUUCUUUGGGGAUGGCGAGGAGGAGGUGGAAAAGGCCCAAGCUGUGUUCGGCGCAUUUGCAAAGAUGGAGACGCGUCAGAAGGAAUAUGAGCGGGCGCGAGUAAUCUAUAAGUUCGCGCUGUCCCGUAUACCCCGGUCUAAGUCUGGCUCGCUUUACGCGGUGUACACGACCUUCGAGAAGCAACAUGGCACGCGAUCGUCACUCGAGUCAACGGUCCUGGGCAAGCGGCGGAUACAGUAUGAAGACGAACUUGCACAAGACGGGCACAACUAUGACACUUGGUUUGAGUACUCGCGCUUGGAGGAAGGUGCGCUUCGGGACGCUCGAGAAGAGGGCGCGUCAGUAGAGGAAAUCGAGGCUGCCAUUGGGCGCGUCAGGGAGGUAUAUGAGCGUGCAGUAGCUCAUGUACCGCCAGGUGGGCAGAAGAGGCAUUGGCGAAGGUACAUCUUCCUUUGGCUCAACUACGCGCUUUUCGAGGAGAUUGAGACCAAGGACGAUGGACGCGCCCGACAAGUAUAUCAGACUGCGCUCAAGAUUGUGCCGCACAAACAGUUCACCUUCGCGAAGUUGUGGCUCACGUUUGCGAAAUUCGAAGUGCGGCAGCUGGACCUGGGCGCGGCUCGCAAAAUACUGGGCACAGCGAUUGGAAUGUGUCCGAAGGAGGCUCUGUUCAAGGGAUACAUUCAGCUCGAGCUUGAUCUGCGCGAGUUCGAUCGUGUCAGGACGCUGUAUGAGAAGUACAUCGAGUUCGAUCCGAGUAACUCAUCCGCAUGGGUCAAGUACGCCGAGCUGGAAUCUCAACUGGAGGAUUUCGAGCGCACACGCGCGAUCUUCGAGCUCGGCACGACACAGCAGCCGCUCGCAAUGCCAGAAGUCUUAUGGAAGGCAUACAUUGAUUUCGAGUCCGAAGAGGGCAACAGGGAGGGCGCGCGCGCGCUGUACGAGCGUCUCAUUUCACUGAGCGGGCACUGGAAGGUGUGGAUCUCGUACGCGGAGUUCGAGGCUGCGCCUAUCCCGCUUGCGCGUGAGCUAAGGGAGGAGAAGGAAGAAGAAGAGGGAGAGGAAGUCGAGCUUGUUCCUGGAGAUGUGGAGCGCGCGAGACAGGUGCUCGAGAGAGGUUAUAACGACCUCCGAAAACAGGGCCUCAAGACUGAGCGUGCUGCACUGCUGGAGGUCUGGAAGACGUUUGAAGAGAAGAACGGAUCGCCGGAGGAUGUUCAGAAGGUGCAGAACAAGAUGCCUCUGGUCAGCCGACGCCGUCAUGUGGAGGAAGGCGGCACAGAAGUGCUCGAUUGGGACAUGGUGUUCCCCGACGAUGAGCGCGAGUCCAACCCGACUUCGUUCCAGUUCCUCCAGAUGGCGCACGCUUGGAAGAAGGCUCAGGCCGCAAAAUCUAAGGACCAGCAGGCCCAUGCCCAGCCGAAGGAGGAGCCCAAGGAAAGCAGCACCAAGGCUGAGGAGUUGAACGGAAACGGCCCUGCUGGUGAAGACGAGGAUGCCGCCAGUGCGAGUGAUGCUUCGAGCUCACAUGGCGAAGAUUGACGAACAACUUCAAUACCAUGAGAUAUAUCCUUUGAUAGUGCUGUUGUUAGUUCGUAUUCCUAGUCUGUUCUCAUCAUGCAUGUAUUGCAGCCUGAGCAGUGAUGCUCAGCAGUGAGAUAGCUACUUUGGGUUUCUAAAUAUUGUUUGAUGUCG